AGCCAACUGUCAAGCAUUUGCUGUCAAGUGGGAAACUGUUUCAGACGAGACUUGUAGAAGAAAUAAUAAUACGAAAUAAAAGAUAAACAUAAUAGUUAAAGAAGUUGAACUACAUUAAAACAUGGUGGAAUUACUUCUUGACCCAAAUAUAAGGUUAUGGGUGUUUUUGCCCAUAGUCAUUAUCACUUUCCUGGUUGGUAUCGUGAGGCACUAUGUGUCGAUCAUUUUAUCGUCUCAGAAGAAAAUCGAGCUACUGCAAGUACAAGACAGUCAAGUCAUGAUACGUGCAAGACUGCUGCGUGAGAACGGUAAGUAUUUGCCUCGACAAUCGUUCGCCAUGCGCCGCCACUGGUUUAACAACGAAGAGACGGGAUAUUUCAAGACUCAGAAAAGAACUGCCACAUCACAGAACCCGAUGACUGACCCAGGCAUGAUGACUGAUAUGCUGAAGGGUAACGUGACCAAUGUGCUGCCUAUGAUUGUAAUUGGAGGCUGGAUCAACUGGAUGUUCAGUGGAUUUCUUACGACCAAGGUUCCAUUCCCCCUUACAAUCCGUUUCAAGCCCAUGCUCCAGCGAGGUGUGGAGCUCACUUACCUGGAUGCCUCCUGGGUAUCCUCAGCUUCCUGGUACUUCCUCAAUGUGUUUGGUCUGAGGACUAUUUAUGCCCUGGUUUUGGGAGAAAAUAAUGCCGCUGAUCAAUCAAAGAUAAUGCAAGAGCAGAUGUCUGGUGCUGCCAUGGCCAUGCCUCCAGACCCAAAAGCAGCCUUCAAGGCAGAGUGGGAAGCCCUUGAGAUCACUGAGCACAAAUGGGCUCUUGCUACAGCUGAGUCAGAUUUGUUAAAUAGUUCUGAAGAAUAAUUUUCUAGUGUAAAGUUAAUGUGUAUGGUGAGAGUGAUCAGUUUAUUAAUAUAUUUAUUGACUAUGAUACGGC